GGAAUUGCUUCUCAUGCCUGCUGCUGUGUUACGACAACCUUAGUGCCUCUGGAGCUGCAACAUGCAUCCUGCCACUGGGAGAUCCUCGAUGUAAAGCUAGUUGAGGAAGUUCCAUCGAUAACACCUGGCUCUAUUUUCCCCAUUUUCCUCUUUCUGCCUACUUUUCCCCCCCUUCUUCCUAUUGCUGAAUGCAGUUAUGUCUGAUAGGCAGAAAGGUAGGCUAACCCCCUGAAAGACCAAAUUCAGACCCAGAGCAGAACCAAUUAUGUCUGUGACUCAAGUGGAAGAUGGCUUUCUUUCUUGCACAAACUGGUCUUCUAAUGUAUCAGUGAAUGGGACUCGGGAACCCUUUGCAAGCCCUCCCACGGACUACGAUGAGGAAGAAUUUCUGCGAUAUCUCUGGAAGGAAUAUCUGCAUCCCAAGGAAUAUGAAUGGGUACUCAUUGUUGGCUAUAUUAUUGUGUUUCUUGUGGCUCUCAUAGGAAACAUCCUAGUUUGUGUUGCAGUGUGGAAAAAUCAUCACAUGAGGACUGUUACCAAUUACUUCAUAGUCAACCUCUCCUUGGCCGAUGUCCUGGUCACCCUCAUUUGCCUUCCUGCAACACUAGUGGUGGAUAUCACCGAAACGUGGUUCCUUGGCAACAGCCUCUGCAAGGUGAUCCCUUAUUUGCAGACCGUGUCAGUCUCUGUUUCUGUACUGACCCUUAGCUGCAUUGCACUGGAUCGAUGGUAUGCAAUUUGUCAUCCGCUGAUGUUCAAAAGCACAGCCAAGCGAGCCAGGAACAGCAUCCUUGUUAUCUGGAUGGUGUCCUGCCUUAUCAUGAUCCCUCAGGCAAUCGUUAUGGAGUGCAGCAGCAUGUUUCCCGGAUUAGCUAACAAGACUGUCUUGUUCACUGUCUGCGAUGAGCAUUGGGGAGCUGAAUUUUUCCCCAAAAUGUAUCAUACCUGUUUCUUCCUGAUAACCUAUCUGGCUCCAUUGUGUCUUAUGGUGCUGGCCUACUUACAGAUAUUUCAAAAGCUGUGGUGUCAGCAGAUUCCAGGAACGUCAUCCAUUGUUCAGAGGAAAUGGAGGCCGCUGCAGUCCACAGCACAGACGCGGGAACUGGGGCCACCAGCACACUUGAGGAUUAGUGUGGUGGCAGCUGAAAUCAAGCAGAUUAAAACCAGGAGGAAAACAGCCCGGAUGCUCAUGGUGGUGCUCUUGGUUUUUGCCCUCUGCUAUCUCCCCAUUAGCAUUCUCAACAUCUUGAAAAGAGUUUUUGGGAUGUUUAACAAUGCUGAAGAUCGAGAAACAGUGUAUGCUUGGUUUACUUUCUCCCACUGGCUUGUGUAUGCAAAUAGUGCAGCAAACCCAAUUAUUUACAACUUUCUUAGUGGAAAAUUUCGGGAAGAAUUUAAAGCUGCUUUUUCUUGCUGCUGCUUUGGUAUUGGCCAUCCCCAAAAUGCUCCACCCAGAGGAAGGACAAGAAUGGACAGUCGGAAAUCCUUGACGACCCAGAUCAGCAAUUUUGAUCAUGCUGCAAAGCUCUCAGAACAUGUUGCCUUGACUGGUAUAGUCUCACUGCCCACAAACAGCCCUGGAUUUGUUGGGAGCUGAUAGAUGGCUACUUUCUGUGAUAAAUCAUUGUCAAUCAAUCUGUGAAUCCAGUUAUCUUUUGGUCCAGGAACCAAAAACCUUGAAAACCGCAAAGUGAAAUAACAGAUUAUAACAAAGAUAAAAUAGACUAAUAUACAAAAUUGGAUGAUUUAAAAAAAAAGAAAAAGAAAACAGAACUUUGUUUGGAAAUGUAUGUGAUUUUUCCUAGCCUAUACUAUUCAACUGUAAGAAAUGAUUGUUGGGAGACACAUAUGCACUCAUUUUCAUUGGUAUGAUCUGCCGAUGGGCUUGGUUCCUAUCCAAAGAAUAUUUCAUUGUAAGAUUUAAAUUACAAAUAACCAGAAGGUGUUGAACAAUGAAAUUAUUAUGAAAUAAUAAUACAAUGAAAUGGUAGAGAAAGUAUGUAGUGUUUUAAUGCUUUUAUCAGUGGCCAUAGGAAGAGUCUGUAUUUUCCUUGUAUAAUGAAUGUAUUUUGUGUGUAUGCAUGUAAGUUCUUUUGCUAUCCUAUUCUUUGACAUUUCUUAUGCCCCAGCAAAUUGGCUCCCAUUCCACUCUGUUCUCAGAGAGUUAAAGUGACAGACAAACAAAUUAAGACCUAAAUCCCUUAUUUUUCUUUCCAACUUUUGCUUACAAUGCAAACAAUUAAAAAAGGUCAGAUCAUUUCUUCCUUUCUCAUUUUAUACUAAAUUUUUAAGUAUGGUCUGAUGUCCUGUUGGUUAAUGGUGAACUGUCUGGAAGCUUGUGUAAUCCAAACAGACGAAUAUGCUGGAAAUAAUAAGCACAGAAAAUGCUACUUCUAAGAGUCAUUCACUUUACUUUGGAAAGGGGCUCACUCAGAGCAGAAGAAGAUGCCUUUUGGCAUCCUGGCCCAUACAACUGAAAGGUCAGAAAUGCCUCUUUAAAUUGCAAUUGGAAAUUAAUACCCAGUCCAGAUACCUUGUAUGCUUUAGCUUCUAUUUGCUCAGAAUGCUGUCUAAAUAAAUAAUUACUCUAAUU